AUGGCUCGUAAUAAUCUUAAAGCAGGAUUAACCAUGAGGGCUGCCACCGGUGGUCUAGUUAAGGCGGCCAGUUUGUCUAGCCGUGCCUAUGUCACUUUCUUGGCAGGCAACGGUGACUAUGUGAAAGGAGUCGUAGGCUUGGCCAAGGGAUUGAGGAAAGUGAACACUGCGUACCCACUUGUGGUGGCUGUUCUGCCGGACGUCCCGGAGGAGCACCGCAGCAUAUUGGUUAACCAGGGAUGCAUGGUGCGUGAAAUUGAACCGGUUUAUCCUCCUGAGAACCAGACCCAGUUCGCCAUGGCUUAUUAUGUCAUCAACUACUCCAAGCUUCGGAUUUGGGAGUUUGUGGAGUACAGCAAGAUGAUAUACUUGGAUGGAGACAUAGAGGUUUUUGACAACAUAGAUCACCUCUUUGAUUUGCCAAAUGAGUAUUUCUAUGCAGUGAUGGACUGUUUUUGUGAGAAGACAUGGAGUCACACCCCACAAUUCAAGAUUGGGUAUUGCCAGCAGUGCCCAGAUAAGGUCCAUUGGCCUCAAGAAUUAGGCCCUAAGCCUCCUCUCUAUUUCAAUGCUGGGAUGUUUGUUUUUGAACCCAGUCUCCCCACCUACCAUGAUCUGUUGCACAAACUCAAAAUUACAACUCCAACUUCAUUUGCUGAGCCGGAUUUCUUGAACAUGUUCUUCAAGGAUAUUUACAAGCCAAUUCCCAAUAAUUACAACUUGGUUUUGGCAAUGCUGUGGCGCCAUCCCGAGAACAUGAAGCUUGAUGAAGUAAAGGUGGUCCACUACUGUGCUGCAGGCUCCAAGCCAUGGAGGUAUACUGGCGAAGAAGAAAACAUGGACAGGGAAGACAUCAAAAUGUUAGUCAACAAGUGGCGGGACAUAUAUAAUGACGAGACUUUGGAUUACAACAGGGCUCGCAGGCCUAAUGCUAAAUCGACACCGGCGCUGCUCACGGAGGCUGGUGUUGUUCAUUAUAUCACCGCCCCUUCGGCUGCUUAG